AUGGUCGACAGGCUAAAGUUCCGCAGCGCCGUCGCCAGGGCCGCCAUGGACUUUGACCUCUCCAAGCACAGCAUCGGGCAGCUUCUGGCGCGGUGGCUUCUCCUCAAGGCGCUGGCGCCCCUGUGGGCGGGCACCAUCACUCCCAAGAUCGUUACCGUCGUCCGCAACGGCACCAUCGAGAUCCCCGCCUACUUCCGCUCCACGUCGGCGCGCUGGGCCAUGCACUGCGCACCCAACUACUGCUGCGGAAGCGACUUCUCGUUCGAGAACGGCUCUCUGACGGUGAGCGAGGGCACCUUCAACUUCCACCCUUGGAAGAUGAAGACUGGAGCGCUAUAUAGCAUUAUGGAGCGCGCAUCCUGGUGAGACGCCAACUCUACUCCAAAGUACCAAAAACAGGACAACACCGGCUUUCACGUACCACGGCCGGUCGUACGGCGUGGCCGCCUCCCCGAGGCUCUCCGCCCCUAGGCUCCGCAACGGCAACGGCAGGGUCACCGGCCUAAACUACACCGAGAAGGGCUACCUCGCCCGCGUGACGUGCCAGUACAACCGAUCUAGCGCCGUCGGGUUCGGGAGGGCCCGGUACGUGGAGCCGCCCAACAAGCCGCCGGGGCUCGGCAUCGGCGUCGGCUGGGCCAGC